AAAUCACAUGCAAUGGAAAUCAAAUAUUAAAAACUGGUCACCCUAGCGCCAUGCUCAAAGUUUCUUUUAUGCCAGUUUGACAGUUCAACGAGCACAUUUUGAGGAGCCAAAACAUGCAGAUCUUUGUGAAAACCCUCACGGGUAAGACCAUCACCCUAGAGGUGGAGGCCUCCGACACUAUCGAAAAUGUGAAGGCCAAAAUCCAGGAUAAGGAGGGAAUCCCACCUGACCAACAGCGUUUGAUUUUCGCUGGUAAACAGCUUGAAGAUGGUCGUACCCUUUCCGACUAUAACAUCCAGAAGGAAUCUACACUGCACUUGGUGUUGAGGCUCCGUGGAGGUACCAUUGAGCCAUCUCUGAGGAUUUUGGCUAUGAAGUACAAUUGCGACAAGAUGAUUUGCCGCAAGUGUUACGCUAGACUUCACCCUCGUGCCACUAAUUGCCGUAAGAAGAAGUGUGGUCACACUAACAACCUCCGCCCUAAGAAGAAGAUCAAGGAUUAAUUUUUCUUUCGUUUAUUACAAGUCUGGCUUACUCUGUAAAUUAAAUAUUUAAAAUAUCAA